GGCCGAGGCGUGGCAAGGCAGCAGCGCGCCCGGCCCCCCUCUCUCCGCGCGCCCCGCCGGGUGGAGCUGCCUUCCCUCGCCUCAGUCGGGGAAAGCUCUUCGCCUGCGAGAUGGGCGCCGGCCGGGCCGCGCCGGGCAUCCUGGCCCUGGCCCUCUUGGCGCUUUGGCGCCGCGCCGAGGCGGGCUGCGCGGAAGAGGCGCGCUGCUGCCCGGGCCGGGACCCGAGCUGUGCCAGCAGCGGCUGGCGCACCGACCGAGCCUACGGGACGUGCUUCUGCGACGAGGCGUGCAAGCUGACGGGCGACUGCUGCUAUGACUACGCCCAGGCGUGCCCAGCUCUUCCAUGCAUCGUUGGGGAGUGGAGUCACUGGAGUGGCUGUGCAGCACAGUGUAAGCCUAACUUCCGUAUGCGUACACGGAUUAUACAGCAGGAACCCAAAAAUGGUGGGGAGCCCUGUCCUCCAUUAGAAGAGAGAGCUGGAUGCCUGGAAUAUACUACCUACGAGGGGCAGGAUUGUGGAGAUGAGCACGUUCCUGCUUUUAUAACUACUUCUGAAUACAGCAAAGAGAGAAAAAAGAGAGCUGCAAAUCCAAGGUGGUCUUCAGAAACAGAGAAUUCUAGGAGCUAUUGUGUGGAAUUUAAAACAGAAACGUUAUCUCCUCGUUGCUCUAUGGAGAAUCGCCCAUAUGCUCGAUGGAUGCAGUACAUCAGAGAAGGAUUUACGGUGUGUGUAACUUGCCAGCCUCCAGCAAUGCACACUAGCAGCCAUCGCUGUUUUGGAGAUGGUGGUGAUGCAGAUGGAUGCUACGAAUUAGAAUUAUUGAACAGUGAAGUAGCUCUUUACAGGAUGCUCAGUAAGUUUAAACAGGAAGUUAAAAUGCCAUGUAUUUAUAUCCACUCCCCAUGGGAUGAUGUUUAUGCAUAUGUUCUCUUUUUAGGAAUAAAGUUCUUCACUGGCAAGCGGUUGGCAAUCCAUCCUGCCAUGGAACAUGGAAAAAAGUUCAGCAGCUGGAAGAAUGUUCAUGCCCUCUUGUACAUAGUUUUAUUUUUACGUAGCAGUUUGAACACAUAACCUUUAAUAUUUUACUGAACUGAGGAAACUCUUCUACUGUUGGACUUCUGUAACCUAUUAGACAUUGCUUUUUAACAAGUGACAAGUCAACAUUUUGAAAUCACAGUCUUUUGCUGCACUGAAUAAAAACUAAGCUAAUUAUUAUAAGUUA